AUAACUUUUAGGGUUAUGUUUAUUAUUUAUUUAUAUUUUGCCUGAAAAUAUUGCCCCCUGGAAAAAAGAAAUACCUAUUAACAUAAUUAUUUGUGAGUAGGGCUGAUUUCGAAGGGCCAGAGACGAUUUCAGCAAACCCAACAUGUCAAGUGAACUAAGAAAACAAGUUCUUCAAUGCUUUAAGUCCCUUCACCAAGCCAGAAAGUCAGUAUUUAAAGGAGACAUCAGGGCCCUCACAGAGGGAAGAAAAAAGAUAAACGAAGAGUUCAAAAAGCAGAAACAUGUAGAAAACACGGAUUCGAUCAAAGAGCUAAUCAACUAUUCGAAAGCCAUUGAAGAAGAACUAAGAAGCUGCGUGAUACAAGCUAGGGAAGUAGCACCUGGAAGAUUUCAGGCUGAAAUUUCUGAAGAUAUUAAGAAGUUGGAUAACGUUCCUUUUAACGAAGCCUGUUGUCGAGACGAUGGCCCAAGUGUAAAAAAGCCUAAUCGAAAAUGUAGUUAGUAAUAAAUUGUAAGUUAGCGAUUUGUAAAUAGUCUUGUUGUUACUUUAAAUAAAUUUAAACCACGUCAUA